AUCAAAAUUUAGGCAUCAUUUCCGUAAUCCCAAGUUUCCCGAUCCGUCUUUGCCAGUUGGAUAAAUCCUGACGGAUUUCUCCUUAUUCCGUCUUUCUUUCAAUUUCCAGUCGCGCUUGAUUUGGCGCCAGUACCUCUCUUAUUCGAGGCAAAAUGCGGUCGUUUUUCCAGAAGAUUGGUAGCGCUUUGCCCUUCUCCCGACCCUUGAGGCAACUGGAGCAGGAAGUGGAAACUGUUGUGAGGGUGCUACAACCUGGUCCGUUAGGAAUCAUAGAACACAAGUUUAGCUCGGAGGAGGUACAAAAGGCAAAGGAUACUGUCGAGAGAGCUGUUGAAAAUUGGCGCAGGCAUGCCAAAGCCGAGAAGCACAACCCCUUCCUGAAAGAUUUUAUUGACGGGUAAGAAAUUUGAAACUUAUAAAACUAUGUCUCAUAUACAUGAAACAUAAGCACAUCUACUCCCAACAAUGAAUGAAUCAUAAGGCUUAUGAUGUUUUGUCUGUCAUGCUCUUUGUUUCUUUGUUUUUUUCAAAUGAUGAACCCCGCCUCUAUGGCCUUGUAGGACCGGCCGAAUAGUUACCUAUGUUUGCUGGUUUUGGAAAUGAGCUGAUGCUCUGGUU